GCGGUGUGUGUGUCGGUGGUGUUGGAGCUGUUGGAGCAGCAGCAGUGUUUUUAUGCGGAGCUGAUGGAGCAGCAGGAGCGCAGCAUCACCGCUCUGAUGAAGAGGAUGGUGGAGAUGAGCUCGGCACGGCUGAUGAAGGAGCUCCAUGACCUGAAGAUCGGCCUGCAGAGGGUUCACACUGAUGUCUCACUCCUCCGCCGACACACCGCCCUCACUGCACACUGCCUGGACAAUCUGAGACACGGACUGAUGGAGGACAGGAGGAUGGUGGGCAGGAAGGGUGGAGGAGUGGAUAAGAAGGCAGCAGGGAGGAUGGAGACAGGUGGAGGUGAAGGCAUGAAGACAGCAGAGAUGAAAAGAUCAGAGGUGUGGGCCAAUGAACCGAAGGCCAAGAGACUGGUGGCAGAUCUGACUGAUAUCCAACUCCACGAUAUAAAGGCUCUCGAUCAACUCACUGAGGAACAGAUCACGGAGUUUAGGGAGGCGUUCAUGUUGUUUGAUAAGAAUGGAGACGGUUCUAUCAGCACUGCAGAGUUGGGCUCAGUGAUGCGCUCUCUGGGACAAAAACCCACCGACACCGAACUGUACGACAUCAUCAGAGAGGUGGACGCUGACGGUAAUGGGAGGAUUGACUUCCCUGAGUUUGUCACUAUGAUGGUGAGGAAGAUGAAGGAUACGGGUGGUGAGGACGAGAUCCACGAGGCCUUCAGAGUGUUCGAUAAGGAUGGGAACGGCUUCAUCAGUGGGGCGGAGCUGCGUGUUGUCAUGAUGAACCUUGGUGAGAAAGUUACAGACGGGGAAGUGGAUGAAAUGAUCAGAGAGGCAGAUAAGGAUGGAGACGGACAGGUCAACUACCAAGAGUUUGUACAGAUGAUGAAGGCUCAGUGACGUUCUGCUCUCCUCACCUCCCCGUCGCACUUCCACUCAGAUUCUAUUUAUUUAUUUAUUUAACCCUGUUUCUAUUCAAAUUAAAAAUAAAGAUGUAAAUUCUUGCGUGUAUUUUCUGGCCUGAGAGAUUUUCUUCACAAAGCCU